AUGUCUCGACUCUCAGAUAUAGUCAACAAACUUCCGGCAACGACUGGCGAGCUUUCAGACACUGCAUCAGAUCUCUCACAGACUCUCGCACUUCUCUCUUUUAAAGUAGAAGGGAUUUCGACCUUUCAUGAGGAACUGAAUGCAAAGAUUCAGCAAAUCUUUGACACAGUUGACAGGCUAUCCGAUACUGUGAGCGAAAUGGUGAAGCGUGAAGGAAUAGUCAUGGAGGCUUUUAGUGCCUUGAAUGAGAGACCGGAACGUUCGAAAGUGCCAUUCCAAUUUCAAAGCAAAGCGACCCGAAAGCGAAAAUGA